ACGGCCUCCCGCCUACCGCUCUCGCUCAUCUCCAAGUCGACCCCUCCCCUCUGCCCGUCCGCUGGCACCGAGCCUUCGCCCUUUCUUUGUAUCUCCCCCCCCCUGGUGUGGACCUGAGACCCUACUCGGUCUGCCCCUCCCACCCUUACUCGUCCACCCCUCGGCCACUGGUCUCGAUCCCCUGUCGCUCGAUCGCCACAGCCUCCCCCUGCUCUGCCCUUCGUCGUCGCAACACACCAUGACCCCGAGACACCCCAAGCAAACCGCCGCUGGUGCCUAUCACGACGACUCUGAAUACGACGCCCGGCGAUCGCGUGACGCAACUUCAGAUUCGCUCCAAGACACCACCGCCGGCUCCCAGGCUGAUGCCUCUGACCGCCUCGAGGCCUCCCGCGCCAUCCAGCAAACCCAUACCCCGAUGCAUACCCCGCAGCAUACCCCCGUCAAUAUUCCGCCGCGAGACGCAAGAUCCCAGCACGGCACCAAGGUCAAAAAGUACGUCUGCGACUUCAAGACCACCAACAUCGAGCUGUAUCGAUGGCACACCACCUAUCUCAAGGUCGAGGAGCAAGUCAGGCUUGCAGAAGCUCGCUCAUCCGAGGGCUACCAUGCCAUCUCCAACAACACCAUCAUCAUCGACAACUUUUUAGAGCUCCUGGCCGAACGUCGAAGGGCUAGGGGCGAUGUCCCUGCCGACAUAGACCCUAAUCAAGAUUUCUUUGCUGACCUUAAUACUCCGUCUGAAGUGGGUCUGCUGCGAAACCGCAAGGGCGAGCUUGUCUUCCAGUGCCCGGCUGCCUUUGCCGUCCGAACCCGGCUGAAGCGGCACGUCACCACCAUGGAUCCCAAAAACUCGGCCUACCACGUCGAUCCGACCCAGUAUUUCUGCUCGGGUAUGAAGAUGCACGAGGGCGAGCAAAACCCUUCCGCCGCAACCUCUGUUGCUGCGGCCAGCGAGCCUCCAGUCACCCCCGGGCCAAGCGAUCGCCAGCAUCGCUCUGACAAGUCGGAGCAUCCUUCGAAACGGCCCAGGAUUCGCACUCAGCCCACCUCAGACGAGGCCUCGUUUCUGUGCUCGUGGCCCAGCUGCUCCUUUGCUACCCCCAAUGCACAGCUCCUGGAAAGCCACUUGAUCGAGGCGCACCAUAUACCCGUUCCGUUUGCAGACCCAAGCAAGUCCGGGCCCAGCUCCUUCGCCUUUACUGAAAAGGCCGAGGGCUUCAACUCGUACAACACCAUAAAGCAGCCUGGCAAAUUCGUCGUGGUGCCCCACCAGCUACCGUUCCCAUCGACCUCGACCGAGAUCGGCUAUUUCUUGCGUGAGAUGUGUCGUAAGAUGAUCAUCCACAAGCUCCAGCUCCAGCUCCGCCCCAACAUGGAGCCCGCGAUUGUACCUUCAAGCGAGUUCAUGGGCCAGAUCGACCUCGGCCUGAAUGAGAUGGACUUUACUGGGCUCGGCGCCGCCUUCGAGACAUGGGCCGCCAAGGACUUUGCCCAGUUCUCGAACCGAAUCAUUGCCGAGUUCCGCGAAAAGGAGGGCCUGCGCCAUGGGCUAAUCCGCCUACGAUCAGCCCCCGGCGACAACUCGCCAAAAUCGCUGCAGCGCAAGUCCGGCACGGCUCUCGGCUCGGGUGGGUCCAAGCUGGAAAUCAUCGAGUCGAGCCAGAUGGAUACCAACAUGAACGGCGGCGGGGUCAUCUCCAAGAUGGACCAUAUUUCGCGACCCGAGCCCUUCCAGAUGACGCUCCCGAUCCACAACAUCUCAGAACCCGUUGCCCCGGCUGCCGAUCCGGUGACCCCCAUGGGUAUCUCCGUGCCACCGCAACUGCGAUCCUCGACGCCAAUGAGCUACAAUCGAAACACCCCGCCGUUCCGCCCCAUGCAUCCGUACGGCCCACACAUAUACCCGACCGCCGUCUACCACGGACCCAACCCGACGCGGGCCCCGCCCAACAACAUGGGACCUGUCUUUACCGGCCAGCCGCCCCUCCAAAAGUCCAUGGGCCCACACUCGGGUGGUGCCGAUCCGCAGCUGCUGCCCAGCAUGAAUGCGCCGACGAACCCGCAGCAAGUCCCGAUGCAGCAUGAAGCCACGUCGUGGUAUUCGGCCACAUCGGCCAAUCCGCAGCGCCUUCCGACAGCACAGGUCGCGCCCUAUUCCCAGGUGCGCCCAAAGUCAGCGGCCCUCCAACCUCCCUCCAAUACCCCGUUCUAUCAACAGCUCCCUCCGCAGGCCUCGACUCCCCAGCUGCCGUUUAGCCGCGACAUACAGACCAUCGAGGAGCAGUCCAAGUCGCCCAUGUCGUUUUUUCAGCAGCCCAUGAUCAGCCAGCAGUUUGCAGGAUCCGGGGGCGUGGCAAACAAUGACCACGACGCUCCGUCUGCGCCAGUCUCUGCCCGACCCGAGGUCUUUGGUGGCUCCAAUCCGAUCUACCGCCGGUCCAGUAUACCCAACUUUGCCAAUACCCCGCCGCCGCAAGUCGCUUAUGACUCUUAUGAUACCACUCGAUCGGCCACCCCACAGUUCCCGACUGUCUCGACUGUGGGCAUGCCAAGUCCAAACGUCUUUAAUGGCGCUGUGCCGCCCUCCAUGCCGUCUUCUUUAGAUCCCAAUGCCGCGGGUCCCUCUGGGAAGCCAGAAGCCGAUUCCACCAACUCGAUCCUGAACAUGGGUUGGGAAAUGAACCACUGAACGGCCCCUCCCUUUUUCCCCCUCCUUCCUUCCCUCCACCCCCCUCGCGUCAGCGAUAUCGGCGAGGGCAGAGAAGGCGGAGGGGGGGGAGGUGGACGCAAAGAAGAAUCAGGGAGAGAGAAAAAAAAAUU